AUGGCAAGGACAGGCGAAGGAAUUUGUCGACACCAUGUUGUCAAAGAAUACUGGGAGGCACACAAAGGAGUAUUUGUAACUAAUACCAUUUUACAAGCAUGGCGCAAAAGUGCACUCUGUCCCCUCAAUCCUGGUUUAUUCACUGCGGCUGACUAUGCACCGAGUGUUUCAACUUCGACAGCCAACUAUGCCCCACUGUCAUACCCGGAUACUUUCCCUGAUGGCUGGAUGGAUGGUGCCUCAUCGGAUGACCCAGAUUAUGCUCCCAAUGAUGCAGCUCUGAGCCCAGACUCAGAUGUAAGUUCUGAGGGAGCAGGGGAUUCUGAUGAUGGGUCAGACUCCAGUGUCAGCGAGGAUGAGGGUGAGGACAGCAACGUCAAUGUGGGCAGCAGGGACACUAAUAUUGCCAGUGGAGGGAGCACUGACACCAGCACCAGCACCAACAACUCCUCAACAGAUGUAAGGACCUGGCUCCAUGCAAGCCGAGGCGCUCUGCCUGUAGAGGAGCGUUCAAUUGCACCUACUCGGUCACGAGCGCCCUCAUGGCGCAGCACUAGCACAUCUUUCCCCUCCUCUCGUUCCAGUUCACGUGCAAGCACCCCGGGGUCUGGUUCACGUGCAAGUACUCCAGGGCCCAUGUUAGUCAAGCUGCACCCCACGUCCCUGCUCAUGGAAAAGUCAAAGAGGAACCUCGUUGCAACAAUCCACAAGCUUCAAGUAGAGCGUGAUGAGGCGAGAUGGGAACGGGACACUAUGCAGGGGCAUAGUAUCUUUAUGAUGCACAAGUUUGAGCAUGUGAAGGAUAGGUUAAAAUUUGAGUCGCGUGCCAGGCAUAUUGCUGAGGAGGAGGCUUGCAAGGAAAAGGAAUGGAAAGCAGCAGAAGCAAAGGCAAAGAAGGAUGCAAAGGCGGCUGAGCACCAGGUGCAAAUGAGCUUGCUGGAUGGGACUGAGGUUUUCAACGGAGCGCUCAGUGGCAAGGCAAAGCUGGACCUCCAGCUCAUUGCCACAGCGCUUAAUCUGAGUGCUGAUGGCAAGAAGCAGGAGGUCUUGGAUUGCAUCAAGACACAUUUUCAAGAAAAUCCUGACCUGGAGACUAACAGCCGCUUUUCAGGCUUAUUUGGGGCUCGUACACGGAGACAAGCACUGGCCCCCAAUGGGCCCCAAGGCAUUACUCCCCCUCCGCCCCCCUCCACCUCCUCACUACUAUCUGACAACUUAUCCUUGCAUGUCAACCCCUCUCAAGCGGGGCCAAGUUUGUAUCAUCACAGCCAUAUCUAUGCAUCAUCCCCUGAGCCUCCCAGUCAAAUGUUGUAUCUCCCAGGUCCUGCAUUUCUCACUGAUCAUCAUGCAAUGCCACCAUUCUCUCCCUUUCAUUCAUCUAACUCGAGUUACUAUCAAAACUCGUCAUAUUUUAUACCUACAAACUUUACAUAUGGUCAUAACAGCAUGUCUGAUAAUUAG